AAACAUCGAUUCGUCGAUUUAAAGGGUAUGUUGAUGGUUACAAAAGUCGGGGAUGAACAGACACCUCAGCCAGUGCAUCCAGUUGUUCCUGUCAGUGACUGACAAUUCAAUCCAGAGGCCAUGAUACUUGGAUUUAUGACUGAACAUGCUCCCUGGCACCACAGUAGUGUGUCUUACUUAAGACACUUGCCAAAGAUACAAAAGCUCUCAGCGAAUUAAAACUUCAAAGGUGUACAGCAUCAUACAAGAUGACUUACGUAGUGGCUAGCCAUUUCAAUGAUGAACAUGUGGAGGAGUUAAUGGAUCUCGGUUUUGUUUCAACUAAGACAAGUCAACAAACACAAUGAGAAAACUGUUGCAGCUAUUUUUCUGCUAUAGAGAAAGAAAAAGUGUUGAGGCAUUUGGCCUCCUUAAAAAUCACAAGGGCUGAUUCUGAAUCAAUUUUCAUAGAAUUUGAAAACCAGUUUGAGAGACUUGGAACUGCCGUGGGACAAUCUAGUUUGUAUGCUACUGGACUCAUGUAACACCAUGAGGGGAAAGAAUCUGGCUUAGGGACCAGAAUACGUCAAAGUCCACCAUGUCCACAACGACUACGCUGCCAAAGCAUUUAAGUCCCGUUUGGAUAUUACUUGGAAUAAUAUAUAUAAUAAUUAAUAACAUUAUAUUCUCAUCAAAUGUGCAGAAAAUGGAAUAAAUACUCUUAAUACGAUACAUAAAAAUUGAAUAAUUAACACUUUUACAAUUAACAUUUGCAAGCAUGAUAAUCGAUAUGUUGUUCAUUAUUAUAAACCAAACAUCCCAUAGUGUAGACUGUUCAUACACAGCCAUUUGAUCAUAGCCAGUUGAGUUUUAUGGGAAGUGGACAACUGAACCAAAAUGUCAGGUACAUGUCUAAUGCCUAGGUAAAAAAAAGUAAAUUUAACUUUGUUUAAAGACAAAGGUGUUAAACUUCACUCCUAAGAUUCCUGAUUAUUGUUCUGAUUGUGGAUGUCUCGUGUUGAACAUAAUUAUAUCUACCAAACCGAAAGGUGUACUCCUUGAACACUAUUCUAAGGCAAAAAAGGGUAUUAGAAUCCCUGAAAUACGGAAAGCUUCGGGGGGCUUCGCCCCCCUUGUGCCCCCACCAGGGCUUUGCCCUGGACCCAUCGGGGGCCUUAAUGGCCCCCUGAACCCCACGCAGAAAUUUUCAGGAUUGGCAACUUAGCUCUGUUAUCAUCCCUGAUGACAAUUAGACACUUGAUACUCCCCAGGUUUCCCAUGUGUCUCAUAUGUGUCAUAAAACAUCAUAAAACUGGCACAUGACAUGAUUAUGAGACUAGUAAAUCUGUUGCAGAUUUAUUUAUGACAAUGAAACAUUUAUUUAAAUGAUAUAAUCAGACAUGGGAUGCACAUUUAAAUUUAUCAAGAGAAUAUUGGACAGGUUAUUCUAUUUAUCUCCAGAGACUAGACUGAGUCCAGUUAUGGCAUUCUAGUACACCAGAGCUGGGACCAAUAACAAAUCCUACUCCCAGACCAGAGUGAUGAUGCACAUUUAGAUUUAUCAUUAUCAAGCCUCUGAUGAAUGAGAAUGAGUAAUGACUAAUGUACCAUUUCUGAAAUUCAUUAACUACAAAUGUGAUAAAGUUAACUUUCCAUAUGGUAUACAUCUGUCUACUUCAUACGUAUACAUAAAUGAGAAAAUACUCUGGUAUCAACUUUAUACUGUACCAUUUUUAACUCACCGUUGAACAACCUUUUGGUGAUAUUUCUGAUCUUGAUAGAAAUUGUAGGAUCUGGGGCCGUAUUCAAUAAAGCAUCUUAGUAAUAUUUUUCAACUAAGUGAAAAAAUGCCAUUUUUCUAAUUUGAAAAUAAGCAAGAAAAUGGUCUAAACAAGAUAUGCAUAUGAAUAAAUCUGAUGAAAAGUAGUGGGUAUUUAAAAUAAUUGUUGUCAAAAAUUACGAAAUUCUCACUAAGGUGAAAAUAUUCACUAAGAUGCUUAUUGAAUACGGCCCCUGGACCAAAACAUCCCAUGGACAAACCCUCCCAUGUCAUUUUUGACUAGGUGCACAAAACCUCACACAUCAUCAUGACAUGGUGAACAAAACAUGCCAUCCAGGAUAAGAUCCCAUAAAUGUCCCUAUAAACUGUUUAAAUAAUUGCCUUCCCCCGGGGGGUUAUAUGUUUUGCUGGAAUAGCCCUUAGUUACUACACCAAUUCAUGAAAUCGACACACAUGUAAUGCACCAGUCAAUUGUAACCACGACCCCCAAAGGUCCAGGGAAUAGCGGGGACGUUGACUUUCAGUCCUGCCUAGCCCGGGUAAAACUUGCGGGACGACGUGUUGAUAAGAUUCCCACUAAAUGCCGCCACACCCCAGGAAUGCUAGAUCACGCCCAUUCCCCGCUAUUUUUGGUGUGAAGACAAAACCAACGCAUUCACCCGGCACUGUGGGGCCACAUGGAAGGUAAAAACACAGCACAUUACCCCGGCUAUCCCCAGUAUACCCCCGGCCUGGGGGGCGUGGUUACAAUUGACUAGUAACUUAACAAACACCCUGAAUCUCUGACACCCUAAAGUUGACUCAUAUACAUUCUGAUUUUCUGGGAAAAACUGCAGAUCUACAAAACUUGUAAUACAUUGUUGGGUAAUUUCUACAAACUCAUAACAAGAACAAUGAGAUAAAAUAGAUAAUUUAACAAAUGAAAUCUUAAUAAUAACAUUUCUGCCAGUUUUAUAAUUGUUUGGAUCCACUAAUUUGCAGAGAUGAGCCACUUUGAUGAGACAAGUGGUGUAAUAGUGUGCGGGACUGAAUGGGGCCGCUGGUGGCAGACCCUUGAAGAAGUGCACGUGGAAGUGGACCUUCCAGAGGGUACAAAAGCCAGCAUGCUCCGCUGUACAAUCACAAACAAGACUCUCAAUGUUCUUGUUCGAGGCGAGGUAAAGAUUAAGGGGAACUUUCCAUGUCUGGUAAAGGCAGAUGACUCCGUUUGGACAAUAGAAGACAGAAAACUGUUGCACAUUUGCCUAUUGAAAGUGAAGACGACAGCUGAUCAGUGCUGGAAGUCUCUGUUAACAGAUCAAUACCAGGCUGACCCUUACACACAGGACCAGAUGCAGAGAAAACUCACCCUACAGAGAUACCAGUUUGAGAACCCAGGAAUGGACUUCAGCAAUGCGGAGAUAUCGGGCAACUACCACACUGGCGGUCCAGAGUUGCCAGGCUCCUGACCCAACCAUUUAGACAAUUUGGGUCUCUUGCAUGGCCUGAUAAUUCGAUGGAAGAGUUUGUCAUUCAUAUCAAGCUAUGUUUGCCAUGGAUGUCACAGGGAUGUAUUUUGAACACGGAAUGCCAUCAUACUGACAAAGGCCUGUGCAAUAAAAUGUUAAUUUCGCUGGACAAUCUUAUCUUAAGAGGGGCAUACAGCUUACUCUGUAUAUAAUUAAAUGAGAGAUAACAAAAUUCUGGAUAAAUGGUACAAAUUUCCAUGAACAGUGCUAUAUACUAUUAAAGUGUUAAAUGAUUUGGAUCACAAUGAUCUUUUGACCGUGAUACAAGAACUAGUUUGAACUGAUGUCAAAGUUAUUUCAAUAUGUUGAAGAGGUUUUGAAUCAAAUCUUAAGACUAGUUUUGAAGCAAUUGACAGAUACAUUUGAAGGCUUGAGUUCAGAUGGAUUCCGUGUGCAUUUGCUGGAUAUUGAGCCAUCUCUUAAGAUAGCAUUACAUGAAAUAUCAGUCUGUUAUGCCUUCAUCAGACAAUAAGCAAAACAAUGAAUGUGGUAUAUUUUUCAUUCCAUCUGUAAUGAUGCAUACUGUUGCAAUUUUAGGAAUUGCUGAAGUUAAAACCCUCUGUUUCUUUGUCCUCUUUUUAUGCAAUGUAAUUUGUUUGGGUUGUUUAAAAAUACUUUUCUAUUUGAAUUUAAUAUAUCAGACUUAGCUAGCUGGUUGCUCUACCUGUUCUGAAAUUGAAUAACUGAAUAAUUUUAAAUGCUCUACCAGUAAUUGUGUAAUACUGCUGGCAGUGGACACAGCACGCAUGGCAGAAAUGUAAUACUUUUGGCAGUGGGCAUCAGUUAUGUAAAACUGCUGGCAGAGGGUAAUUGUUACAUGAAUGCCGUGCCGGCAGUGUUUCAUUAACUGCCAGCACUUGGCACUGCCGGCAGAGGGUAGUUCUAAAACACUGCAGGCUCGGUAGUUUCAUAAAUUUAUACUGCCAGCGCAGAUCCAUUAAGUAACUCUGCCAGCAAUCAGUUAUACAAUACUGCCAUCUUGGAGUAUUAAAGGGAAAGCUUUGGAAAGAGAAGAAGGAUGGUUGCUUUAAAUGUAUCUUGUUGGUGAAAUUGUCAUGAUAAGUUCUAAAAUCGAUAUUAAGUUUAAGAUUUGUUUCUUCAUGAAUAUGUUUCAAGUGUGUUAAUGAAUAAAUGGAAACUGCGGAAAAUUA